AUGAUUACUGGUGGACACAAUUUAGGUCGUGUUGGUAUCAUUCAAUCACGUGAACGUCAUCCAGGUUCAUUCGAUAUUGUUCAUGUCAAAGAUGCUCAAGGACAUACAUUCGCUACUCGUUUGGCUUAUGUAUUUGUUAUUGGUCGAGGACAAAAAUCUUGGGUGUCAUUACCAGCUGGUAAAGGUAUUCGUCUCAGCGUUGCCGAAGAACGUGACCGUCGGCUUGCUGGCAAAACUCAAUAA